AGUUCUCUUUUAUUCGUUUUCGUCGCUCGACUGAAACUAAAACUAUCUUGAUCAUGUCUGGAAGAGGGAAAGGCGGUAAAGGACUCGGGAAAGGAGGCGCUAAGCGUCAUCGUAAAGUUCUGCGUGAUAACAUCCAGGGAAUCACCAAACCCGCCAUUCGUCGUCUUGCUCGCCGCGGCGGAGUCAAGCGCAUCUCCGGUCUGAUCUACGAGGAGACCCGCGGGGUGCUGAAGGUGUUCCUGGAGAACGUGAUCCGCGACGCCGUCACCUACGAGCACCGAGCACGCCAAGAGAAAGACCGUCACCGCCAUGGACGUUGUGUACGCGCUCAAACGACAGGGACGCACCUUGUACGGUUUCGGAGGUUAAACACUGUGAACAACAAACACAACGGCUCUUUUAAGAGCCACCCACACUCUCACAUAAAGAGACGAAAUUGAAGUGAUGUUGGUGUCUUAUGCUUUAAAUGAAAAUUAAUAAUAAUGCGCUUGUGAAUAAAGCAGUUUUACUAA